AUGUCAGACUUCGUGAACGGCUCCAGUCCGGACAGUGCUUCACCCACGACCUCUAACCCCUCCGAGAACAAUACAGACCAUGAUCCGUCCGACGACCUUCAUACGAAUGGAUCUGCAAUCCCCACCAACGGUAUCGGCCGUUCUAUCAGUCCAGACGUCCAUACCGCUCUCGAGCCCUAUGAUCACCCGGGCUCAGAUCACGUCAUUCAGUUGUCCAGUAUCGAGCACUGCAUGCCUCGGUCGUACAUCCGCAUCUGUUUUGCGUAUCGCUUACCGAGCUCCGAAGCACUCCCAGAGGUGGUGGAGAAGUUAAAUCGCUUCGUUCGGAAGACUGUCGACGCGAAGCCAUAUCUGAGUGGAUAUGUGGUGGCCGUGGACAACCCAGGAAAUCGGGUGGGUGCAGUCGAGAUCCGAUUUUCCGAUACGGAUUUCCUUGAAUAUCCCAACGUCAGUGUACGUCGAUUCACCUGCGAAGAGUUCCCCUACACCUAUGACGAGAUCUGCGAAAGAGGCCUACCACCCAGCGUCAUCAAGCCUGAGCUGGUCUCCGCGCUGGGCGAGUCUGCUGACGAGCACCGGGCUCCCGUUUUCAGAGUCCAGGCAAAUGUGGUGGAAGGCGGCAUCAUUGUGUCUGUCUACCUCCACCACUGCAUCUCUGAUGGCACCGGCUUUGGCUUGCUCGCCUCAGGUAGUGUGUUGGACGAUGAAUACACGUUUGACCGUCACUUGGAUACCCGCGGUCACGAUAUCCCAAGUCUUUCGAUGAGACUGGACGCAUUCGCUACUCGCAUGAGUAUUGUCAGAAGGGAGCUGUCCUACCCAUUCGCCAAUCAGAUCACUAAUCGGGAGCUGAAGUGGAAAACGGCACACCCGAUACCUACAGACGAUGAACCCAUCAAACCUCGGGGUCGUGGCUGCGUUUUUGCCUUUCCCUCGAGGAAGCUGGAUGAGUUGAAGCAAGGGCUCCAAGCUCACGCCGACGGCGCGUUCGUGACACAACAUGACGCUUUGCUGGCUCUGGUCUGGCAUGGAAUGACAAAGGCUAGAAUCCCCUCUGUGCCAGAUGUCACAACCUCGAAGCUUCUUAUUCCUGUUGAUAUCCGCAGAAAGCUGAGGAAGCCGCUGUCAGAGUCCUACUUCGGAGCCGCGGUCGAUUUUGCCUCUGUGCAACUGCCCCUCAGCCACUUGGCGGACAAUAGUGUACCGUCGAUGACUGAGACGGCAUUGGCAGUCCGCAAGGCCAUCAACUGCGUCGACGAGCCCUAUAUUCGACAAGCGAUUGCUUUGGCAACGUAUCCAAAUCCGAAGAUCGACAUCCGAGACUUGCAAGCGAGCAACAUGGACCGGACGAAUGGGGCAGAUAUGUACAUCACGAGCUGGAUGAGGCUCAAUUUUUACGAUUCGACCUUCGAAAUGGGCCUCGGUCGGCCAGACUGGGUGCGGAAGCCCUGGAGUAAGGAUCCUGGCUCGUGCAUCAUCUUGCCAUUCGAUGACCGGAAGGAUCAACUUGAGGCGGUCAUACAGUUGGCAGAAGCAGACAUGGCCCGUUUGCUGGAAGACGCAGAUUUCAUGGGAUAUGUGACCAGAUGGAUAGAAUGA